AAAAUACAAGAAUUCAUUCCAAUAGAAAUAAUACGUCUGAAAAUAAUGCGCUUGAAAACAACGUGUCGAAAAUAAUGUAUCAAGCUCGUACAAAAGAAAUUGCAAAAAAAUUGCAAAACCUUGAUGAAAGGAAUUCGAAAUAUAUGAGCUUAAAGAAAACUCUGAAAGAAAAG